AUGCAAGACUUUGAUACUGAGAAAGUUCUACAUCAAAUUAAUAUGUCUAAAGAUUAUGAUCAACCUAAAAAAGAAAAAAAAGAUAUUAAUAAUUUGUUCAAAUCUAAGAACAAAAGGAAAACAAA